CAACAAGGGUAUAAUUUUGUUCGUUACAGAACAAUGCUAGCGGGUGAGAGCAUUAGAAUUCCGAAUUUACUUGGCUUUCGGGCCAUCUUAAUAUACAUACUCGUACAUUGCUCGUAAAAAGUGCGAUAACUUGAUACUAAACAAAAAAAAAAAACGGUUACCAACAUAGCUGAAACUGUGUCUGAAAGAUCACUUUCAUUUGAAGCGGCAAACAGUACUUUGUAUCUUAAUCAGCUAGGAGCUUAACCCUUAAAUAUCUCUCAGGAUUACAAGAAAUGUUGAACAACCUAUCAUUUCCACCACUCACGGUCUGGUGCGUGGACAAUUACGAGAAACAGUCUAUGGUGAUACAUAUUAUUGCUUCGAUGGCAUACCAUAUGGCAAGCCACCAUUGGGAGAUUUGCGUUUUAAGUCGCCACAACCAGUUGAACCAUGGCCGGAUGUACGCGAUUGCACCGAAGUGGCACCCAAAUGUAUCCAAUACAAUCGCUAUACUGAUCGCGUUGAAGGCUCUGAGGACUGCUUGUACUUGAAUAUCUAUGCAAAAAAGCUAAAAUCCGAAAAACCUCUGCCGGUUAUGGUCUACAUACAUGGUGGUAAUUUCGCAACAGGCAGUGCAUCUCGUCUGGCUUGGGGACCAGACUAUUUUAUGAUGAAAGAUGUUAUAUUCGUUACUAUGACCUAUCGUUUGGGAGCGCUGGGUUUUCUCAGUCUUCCCGAACCAGAGCUGCAGGUUCCUGGCAAUGCUGGCCUCAAGGAUAUUGUAAUGGCGCUGAAGUGGCUCAAAAACAAUUACAUCAAUUUCAAUGGUGACCCCAACAACGUUACUCUCUUCGGCAACAGCUCAGGAAGUGCCGCCGCACAAAUGCUGACGCUGACACCAAAAUGCGAGGGCCUCUUUCACAAAGCGAUUCUUAUGUCCGGCGUAUAUCUGCGAACACCCGAUAUUCCUAAUGUCCACCUUACUUUCGCUAAGCGGGUGGGCUAUGAGGGCGCAGAAGAUAACAAAGAUAUUUUAAAUUAUCUAAGCUCACUUGAGGCGGAAAAGCUCUGUUUGCCGAAUUUUCUAGCAGAAGAGGGAAGGGACCCAAAUAUGGCGCCUACCUUCUUACCCGUCAAAGAAAACGCUGGCGUAUCGGAUGCUAUAAUUACCAAAGACCCACUUGAAGUAAUUGCAGAUGAGAAAGCUUGGUUUUAUAGUAAACCGUUAUUGUUGGGGGCGACUUCCUUUGAAUCUCUAGCGCGCUACAAAUUCUUCACAACAUAUCCAAACCUAUAUGAGAUCUUGAGUUUGCAUCCGGAAAAAUUAUUCUCGCAUGAGAUUGGAACCUCGUGUGAUUUGGCGACGCAACAGCAAUUGGCAAGGAAACUCAUAAAGUUGCAUAUGGGAGAGAAGGAGGUGAAUUUGGAAAAUGUUAUGGAUGUUAUGCGCUUGGUGUCGCACGAUUUCAUGUAUCAUCCAAUGCAUCGCUUUAUGAGUGCACGCCUCGGUCGCGUGCAUGCGCCCACAUAUCUAUACCGCUUCGACUUCGAUUCACCGGAUUUUAAUUUGUAUCGCAUCAAGUGUUGUGGACAUGAAGUGCGUGGUGUUGUUCAUGUGGAUGAACUUGCCUAUGUUUUUUAUGCACCGCAGUCUUUUAAGUUGGCACGCGAUUCUGAAGAGUUCAACUGCAUCGUACUCAUGAUGGAUUUACUCACUGCAUUUGCUGCUAAUUCUGAUCCCAAUGUUGAUAAGAUUAAACCCAUAGUUUGGGAGCCACUGGCAUCAAAUGACGAACGAAAAUGUUUAAAUAUUAGUAACGAGAUCACGUUCAUCGAUUGGCCUGAAUUGGAAAAAUGUAAGGUAUGGGAUGAGUACUUCAAGGACGAGGGAUUGAGAUUGUUUUGAAUUGUAUUCAAAUUUUCUGUAUGUACUUUAUUAUAGACUUACAAAAUUAAGUAGCUUCUAAAAAAACUUCAGGAUUAUUAAAUAAAGAUCAAGAUAUCUUCUGUUUAAAAAAAUAACAUCAUAUGUCUAAGGUGACUUAGUAUGAUAUGGUUUGGAGGCGUCGAUAUGAUGGUCGUUUUCUUUCCAUUGUCUACGCGGAGGGAUUUGCUGUUGUCCUCCAAGGAUAGACGAAUCCAAGGAGCAUCAUUAGCCAUUCGUGCAGCAUGCCUACUACUCGUAAGGAGUUUUAAGCGCUUAACUAAGUACUAGUAGUGCCAGUUACUGUCAAAAUUCGACCGUUUUUUCUAGUUUUAUAAAACCCUUGGAGAAGUUUUCUAACUUAGCUUAGCUUAGUGGAACUAAAAAAAUGACUAUAUCUUUGCAGGUCUUUAAAUUUACCCGGUACAUGUCAGUUUGUCUAUAAACUUCAAUACAUAUCAAUAUUUCAAUGAAUUUCAAAAAACCAAAAUUUCAAAAACCCAAAACUGUACCUUUCAAGGGCUCGGUGGAUUUCGAUAACUCAAAAAUAUAUAUUUCUCGAUAUUAAUCGAAAAUAUUAAUUAAACUUU